UCAGUGUCUUCUUCCUCUCUCCUCUUCAUUCAUAAACAUCUGCCUGCAUUAUUUAUGCUUUUUUGCAGCGAAAAUUAUCAUCCUGAGGCUGUUUGAUAAAAUGCCUAAGAGGUUUCUCAAUUCCAAAUUCAAGUUACCUAAGGCCUUUCUCUUGCUUCGCUCAACAAUGUAAUCAUCCUCAACUCUCUAUUCAAAAUUCUCUUUUUAAUCACAUGGCCUGUAAUUGCGUUCUAAAUUCUCAAUUUUUUCCUUCCUUUCCCCAAUUUAACAAACCCCACUGUCGAAAAAAUAGAACCCCGUUAAUCAUUUCAUGCAGUUCUGACAGUCCCACAACCGAAGAAGACAAGAAACUUAGGUUUAAUCAACUGGGUUUACUUAAUCUUUCAGUUACACUCACUGUACUUUCAACUUCACUUGUAAGACCCGCAAAUGCAGCAAAAGUCUCCGAAAAGAGACGUUCGACGAAAAAGACUGAAGCUUUAACGCCACAAGAGUUGAAAAAAUGGUCACAGGGCCUUCCAACUGUGAGCAAUAGGCUGCCUUAUACAGAAAUAUUGGAUUUGAAAAGGGAAGGGAAACUUAAGCAUAUAAUUAAACCACCUAAUGUAGAGUUAAAGCAACGGCCCGAGGUAGUUUUAGCUGUUUUAGAGGAUUCUAAGGUUGUUAGAAUUGUGUUACCUUCUGUUGAGAGUGAUCCAAGAUUUUGGUCUGAAUGGGAUGACCUGAAAAUUGAUGGACUUUGUAUGAAUGCCUAUACUCCACCACUGAAAAAACCUGAGCUGCCUUCACCUUAUUUGGGGUUCUUGUCAAAUAUUCCAGCUUGGAUGCUUUCUUUUGUGAAGGCCAAGCCACAGUCAAAAAAGGCGUUGGAGCUGAAGAGGGUGAGAGAAGAACUUAAGAGGAGGCAAAACCAGGAGUUAGCAAAGAUGAGGGUGGAGAGGGAGAGGAUGGAGAAGGCAAUGAAAACGCAGAAGAAAGUGGAAGAGAGGAAAAGAAAGAGGGAGUUGAAGAGAAUGAGGUAUGAGGAGUCGUUGCGUCAAGCAAGUAGAAGUUCUCAGGAUAUGGCAAGAAUGUGGGAAACCUUAGCUAGUGAUUCGAAUGUUGCCACUGCUCUUGGAUUGGUAUUUUUCUACAUAUUUUAUAGAACUGUCGUGCUUAGUUAUAGGAGGCAGAAAAAGGAUUAUGAGGAUAGGUUGAAGAUAGAGAAAGCAGAAGCUGAUGAGAAAAAGAAGAUGAGGGAAUUGGAGAGGGAAAUGGAAGGGCUUGAGGGUGUUGAUGAUGACGACGACGAGGAAGGAAAAAAAGGGGAGGAAAAUCCUUAUAUGAAGAUGGCUAUGCAAUUCAUGAGGUCAGGUGCUCGUGUCCGAAGAGCACGUAAUAAGAAACUUCCCCAGUAUUUAGAGAGAGGUGUGGAUGUUAAGUUCUCUGAUGUUGCUGGGCUUGGGAAAAUCAGGGAGGAGCUUGAGGAAAUUGUUAAGUUCUUCACCCAUGGGGAGAUGUAUCGCAGGCGAGGAGUCAAAAUACCAGG